UGUGGAUGGACAGAGCCUGUCAGAGGAGCUGUCGAGGCUGCUCCUGGAACUGCUUCUGUUUCAUACUUUCACGUUUGUGCAGUGUGAUUUUUGUGAGUGGUAUUUGGCCCAUCUCAGUUCUCAUAGACGGAGACUGGAGUGCCUGCUGCUUUAACAAAAUAGUCCAUGAGAUCUCCUGUAAGAACGAAAGCCAGCGCACGGAUGAAGAGCGAGCCACUCUCAGAGAGAUCAAAGAUGCCUCCAGGGUGAUCGGUCUGUUUGUUCUCCUGGUUUUAUUCUUUUUAGCAUUUGUUGCAUCAUGUAUCCAUAACACCUGUGAGUGCGCACGAAGAGGGGACUGGCGAGAGAUAGUUUUGGAGGAGGAGAAGAUUGUUUCUGAUAAACUGAGGAAGAAGGCCAAAGAUGAGAUGAAGAUCAAACUGAACGAACUCAUAGAAACACCAGAUUGGGCAAAAUGCUUCACUGUCGGAGACGAAAUCAUCAAUAGACCUCCAACUCACCGAGUGCCCCCCUCUGGAACAGCCUCUGGAACAGCCUCUGGAACAGCCCAGUGCCUCCCUCUGAGACAGGGACAGCUUGAUGUACCUCCUCGUGACCCUUGUGAGUCUGAGACUGAACCUUUACUUGAGCACAUGGAAGAAGAGAUUGUGUAAUACAAACAUGUAGGAGAAACUUUGGUAGUAUUUUUGAUAGUUAUGGAUAAAGUUUUCUGUCAGAAAGAAGCCAAUAUAACUAAUAUAACGAGAAAUGAACAUGGAAACUCUAGUGCCUCAAACCAUGAAAGGAGAAAGUAGAUAAAUCUGUUUAACUUGUUUGUAUUUCUUAAAAAGUAGAGUGGAGCACCAAGAUCUCACCUAAAGUGUUAAUGUAGUGAGACACAUGACUCUUUAUUGUGAGUUUGUGAAUGAUAAAUGUUUUAUAAUGAGAUAAAGACAGUGUGGCAGUGACCUGAUUAUUGUCAAAGUUUUGCUUUUACAGUUGAAUUUAUGGGGGAACUGUGAUAAUUCUGCAGAAAUAUGCAAAAAGUCAAAUUCAUCCAAUCUUAAAUCACCUAACUUUUUCUAUAUUUGAUAAAUCUACACAUGAUUUGU